AUGUCGAUGGACAGCUUCGAAGAUACCAACGCCAUGGCUGCCAUGCUCAAAGCCAUGAUGAAGCGAUCCUACACCUCCGUGCCCACCGACAUGGAGAAAGACUCUAUGCUGGGACGGGGCUCCUCCCUCGCCAGAGAGGAUGCGAUCGAAACAAGCAGUCAGUCCUCGGCAGAGACUGUGUAUGAGAGGUCUCAAUCUCCAUCAGAGAGAGGCGGCAGCCCCAUCAACGCAAGAAUCGUAUCUGAUGCUAUCAUCGGCCUCUCAGAUGGCUUGACGGUGCCCUUCGCCCUCACCGCCGGCCUCUCUGCUCUCGGCGACACAAAGGUUGUCGUCUUUGGCGGCCUCGCUGAGCUCAUUGCAGGUGCGAUCUCAAUGGGCCUGGGCGGCUACCUGGGUGCGAAAAGUGAAGAGGCAGCAUACAACGCCACAUACCGCUCGACACGCUCAAAAGUGCUCGAAUCGAGCGGCAAUCUGUCCUCAGAGAUCUCGUCCAUAUUCGCGCCCUACCACCUCUCACCCUCCCUCCUCAAGGACUUCACCCAUCAACUCAUUACGUGCAACAGUCCGGACACCGUGGUGGACUUCCUCAUGCACUUCGAACACAACACGCCCGAGCCUGCAGCCAGUCGCGCGGUGGUGUGUGCCAUUACCAUCGCCCUGGGAUACUUUGUUGGUGGUUUCGUGCCGCUACUCCCAUACUUCUUCACCAGCCAUGUUACGGACGGGCUGAUCUGGAGCAUCAGUGUCAUGGUGGUUGCAUUGUUUGUUUUUGGUUACGUCAAGACAGGCUUCGUCGAGGGUUGGCGAGGUUGGAGACGCGUGAAAAGCAAUCUCGGCGGUGCGGGGCAGAUGGUCAUCAUUGGAGGUGCAGCUGCAGGUUGUGCCAUGGGUGUUGUUAGGCUGUUUAACUCGCUGCAGUAG